AUCCUGUUGAAGAACUUCCGUAUUUCGCAACAAGACCGUGAAAGCUGUUGAUCAUCUCUAAUAAAUAAGUUUGAUCAUCUCUUCUUUUUGUCGCUGUACCUGGUUUUUGUAAUUCCAAGGUUGCUGCUCCAAAAAAUAACAUCAUGGCAUAUUAUGGACAGCCACAGCCUGGGUAUGGAGCCCCACCUCCUGGUGCCCCGGGCAUGCCGCCUUACGGAGGUGCCCCGGGACCUUAUGGUGCACCCGCAGGCCCUUAUGGUGCACCCCCAGGACCCCCUGCUGGCUUCGCUGGCCCAGGACAACCGUUUCAACCAGGGUACGGUCAGCAACCAGCGGUUGACCCCCAGGUGCAGCAGUGGUUUAUGUCGGUGGACGGUGACCGCUCAGGCAGAAUCACGGCCGACGAGCUCCAGAGGGCGCUGGUCAACACCAACUGGACGCAGUUCAACCAGGAGACGUGCAGGCUCAUGAUUGGCAUGUUUGACAAAGACUUCAGCGGCACCAUCGACCUGUACGAGUUCCAGGCGCUGUGGCACUACAUCCAGCAGUGGAGGCAGACCUUUGACCGCUUCGACACCAACAAGUCCGGCUCCAUCGAGGGUCACGAGUUGCAACAAGCCUACCAGACCAUGGGCUACAAUGUGUCGCCGCAGUUUGUCCAGACGGUGGUGGUCAAGUUUGACCACUACGGACGUCGCACGCUGACCCUGGACAACUUCAUUCAGUCGUGCGUGAUGCUCAAGUCCUUGACGGACGCGUUCCGCCAGCGCGACACUGCCAUGACGGGAAGCGUGCGGAUGGGUUACGAAGAUUUCAUGACCAUGGCUGUUUUGUACAAACCCUAGUAGAAUAAUUGCCGGGAAGGGAGUCCGUUGGCUUUUUAUUUUCUUUCUUGUCUUAUGCUGUCAUGUUCUGUGAUGAGUUGGGCAGGGGGGUAAGAGGCCAACUGCCUUUUUUUGUUAUACGCAUACGUCCCUUAAUGCUUCACCUUUAUUCUUUUUUUGCUUUGUUAUUCUGUUUGGUCGUGGGUAGUGGCCGUCUAGUGUCCUGUCUCUGUAGUGUUAUUGUCUGUUGUUUGCUUCAGGGGGGGGGGAAAUCUGCUGUUUUCUGUCGGGUCCAUUUCCUGAUAUUAUCUAUGUAUGGAAUGACUGGGUGUGUGGUGGGUUUUUUUAGGUGGUAUGUGGGGGGGGGGGGUUAUUUCUCGUUGAAAAUGUCUGCUUUUGUCUGUCCUGUCCCUUUCUUGAUAUUAUUAUUAUUAUUAUCUACUAUUACGAAAUGGCAGGUCUGCCAUAAUACUACGUGUAUCAUAGUUCAUAUUCUAUUAAUUGUUGAUUGCACCUUUAAUAAAGCCUUCAAUAAGUCUGAUGUGCACCAGUUUUUCCUUUUAGAAAUUUCAAACUAACUAAGCUGAAGGGACCCUGCUCACAUUUUAAAAUUUCGUUUUUUUUCCUGAAAAUCAGGACUUGUACUACUAGUCUGUUAUUCUGGUUAUAAUCACUAUGAUAGUUUUCGGAGCAAUUUAGUGUGCUUAAGAGCUAACAUUUUGUGUUCCGUUUUGCUUUAACGUUAACAAAAACUUGAUCUUAAUUCUCAAAUUACAUGAAUCUAAUCAUCGUCAUAGAAUUGUUGGCAUUUUCAGCUGGUUGUGUUUCUUGCAACAGUUUUUUUUUUCUUUCUUUCACUCUCAAACGGCCAGCCCAACACAAAGUUUACUUAUGCAUAUUAUAUAUAAUAUAGAUGUAUAUAUACAUAUAUAUACGAGGGACUUCCACGGAGUUUACACUACUCAUUUUUUGCUACCUUUUUUAAUCACGUGUUGUAUGACUAUCAUUUUCAAUGUUCCAUGUUUGGUAGAUGAGUUAAAUGUUGAAUGCAGUUUAUCCUAUUGGUGUUAAAUAUAAUAUUAUCCUUCAUAAUUUUUGCAUAUAAAGAUGUGUUUAAAGAUUAAAGAAUGAGAUGAAAUAAUCUUGUGAA